GGUUAGGUUGUCAGGCUGUCAAGCUGACAAUUGUUCAAAUCAAAAUAUGGAUUUAUGGAUUAAAAUAAAUAUAAUUCAAUUAUGAAAUCCUUGAAACUUUUCAACAAUGUACCUGAAAAGAUACAUUUUGUCCAUAAUUUACCUGAUUAUACUUACGAUUUUCCAUGCAUUUAUCGACUAUUUGGACUUUACGGAGUAUUUCACUUCCGAAAGCUCCAUGGAAGUUGAUUUUACUGAGAAAAUAUAUGAUUAUAUUGUAGUUGGAGCUGGGUCAGCUGGCGCUAUAGUUGCUAGAAGGUUAGCCGAAGACAAGAAUGUGGAUGUUUUGGUACUUGAGGCUGGAAUACAUGCAACUAAACUACUAGAGAUACCCUCACUAGGUGUUGUUUUACAAGGGACCCAGUAUGACUGGCAAUACAAGACUGUACCACAAGAAACAUCUUGUUUUGCUUUAAAUGACAAUGUAAGCCACUGGCCAAGAGGGAGGGUUGUUGGUGGUACAAGUAUGUUGAAUAAUCUAAUUUAUAUAAGAGGACAUGCUUCUGACUAUAAUGAAUGGUUUCAAGAUAAAGAAGGAUAUGACUAUACCAAAGAUAUUUUACCAUAUUUUGAAAAAUUGGAGAUAUCCUCAGGUAAUACUGCAGGCUCCAUAUUUGUUGAUGACUUACCAUAUAUAACCGAAUUACCUGGGGUACUACUUAAAGCUGUGAAGGAGUUGGGCUCCAAGGGAGCAAAUAAUAUAAGGACAGUUAAACAAGGUUUUGGCAUCCCAAAAGUAAACGUUAUUGAUGGAAAGCGAUGGACAAGUGCUAGUCAUUUCAUAUACUCCAAACCAUCAAAUGUUCUGCUUCGCACAGACGCGAUGGUAGAUUCAAUUCAAUUCCAUGACAACUUUGAGGCGUAUGGCGUUGAAUUUUUGUACUCUGGAAACAAAUAUUCAGCAAAGGCAUCUAGAGGGAUCAUCAUAUCAGCUGGUGUUAUAAAUACGCCAAAAAUACUCAUGAUGUCAGGUGUGGGUCCAAAGAAACAUUUGAAGGAAUUGGGAAUAGUUCCAAGAAUCGACCUACCAGUUGGAGAAAAUUUGCAAGAUCAUAUCACUACUGGAUUUGAUCUUGUAUUAUUGAAUAAGACUCUAGAUAUUGGGAUUGGAACAAUGUUAUCACCUUCAUCCCCUUUGAAUUAUUUCCGAGAAGGUAGAGGCCCUUGGACUACUAUUGGUUGCGAACUAGUUGGUUUCAUAGAAGCAUCUAGAAAGAUCCCUUACGAAAAUAGUUCCAACAGGCCAGACUUGCAACUGAUGAUAAUGCCACUGGGAAUUGUGGAAGAUACAGGAUUUCAUCUUAGGAAAUUGAUGGGUAUAAGUGAUUAUUCAUGGAACAGGUACUUCGCUGCCCUAUAUAAUGAGAGCACAGUUACCUUCUUACCAGUACUGUUGCAUCCUAAAAGUAGAGGAUACAUUAGACUGAGGGACAAGAACAUUGAUAGUAACCCAGUGAUUAAUCCAAGGUAUUUGAGUCGUAAAGAAGAUGUAGAUUUGCUAGUGAAGGGCGUUAGAUAUAUUCAGAGACUGAUAGCUACAAAGACAAUGCAUAAGUUUGGGGCUAGAUUCAAUAGCAUUAUUUUCCCAGGCUGUGAAUCUCAUGAAUUCGACACAGACUCCUACUGGGAAUGCUAUGUGCGACAUAUGACUAUUACAUCAUACCACCCUGUAGGAACCUGUAAAAUGGGUCACGAAAAAGAUAGCUCAACAGUACUUAACUAUAAUUUUGAAGUCAAAGGUACGAACAAGCUGUUUGUGGUGGACGGAUCAGUGUUGCCAACAUUGCCCAGUUCAAACCCAUAUGCCAGUAUUAUGAUGUUAGCUGAAAUGGCUAGUGAUAUCAUUAAGGCCAAAUAUGUUUUUAGUUAUUCAACAUGUGAUUUCAUGGAAGUUUUUAUCAAGAAAAAUGUCUGUUAGGUAUAUAGGUACCAUAAAUAGUUGUUAAUUUUACUGACAGAAAUUUAUGAUUAUUUUACGUUUAUGGAAAAAUCGUAUGUAACGCUAAAGAUUGAGGUAUUAUAACUUUAUAUAUCUAUGUAUACAGACUAUUGAAACCAUACAUGUUGUUUAUACAGUAGCCUUAGUCAAGUUAACGUUAUUUGUUAUAAGUUGCCGACGGUACACGUGGGCGUUAAAUUAUCGCUCUGUAAACAAUGCGCGUUGAUACGCGCAAUUACUUGUUCAGACGAGACGCGUUUCAUCGCCCAUCCAAUUCGACGCGCUGCAAAAUGCGCCGUGUGUACGCCCAUGUGUACUGGCAGUUAAUAUUGACCUUGUCUAUAAUCAUAACUAAACUUCAUAUAUUUUAAAAGACAUAUAUUCCCGAUAACCUACCUUGCUUGUCUGGCCAACAAAAUCACAUGUAUUGACAGAAUGAUCUUUACUGUAAAUGUUUCAAUCACAAAGGUAAUCUUCAGUACAAUGACAAUAUUUUGUAUCUGUCAUUGUAGCUUUGUGAAUGAAACGUUUACAUUAAAGAAGAUUCAUGUGGUUUUGUUGGUUAGACAGGCAUGGGGGAUUAUCGACAUGUAAACUACAGGAUGAGUUUCAAAUGUUACUUAUAUUCUAUAAUGAACAAUUUUUAUAUUAUAUACAAUUUGUUGGCUUAAAUACACCGUUUAUUUAAAACACUCA